AUCCUAUAAAACCAUCUCAAUACCAUUCUCAUACACUUACACAAACUAGAAUGAUGGAUACACAAUACUUCAUUGUAACAAUCCUUCUAUGCCUUGGAAUCAUACUCUUGAUCCAAUCCAUAAACACCUAUAGAUUCCGCAAUAAACUAUCUCUUCCACCAAGUCCAACAGCUUUACCAAUCAUCGGUCACAUUCACCUUCUUGGUCCCAUAGCUCACCAAGCACUUCACAAGCUCUCAACCCACUACGGACCCUUGAUGUAUCUCUUCAUUGGCUCCAUCCCUAAUGUCAUUGUCUCAUCAACCGAGAUGGCAAAUGAAAUUCUCAAAUCCAAUGAGCUCAACUUCUUGAACCGUCCAACAAUGCAAAAUGUUGACUACCUUACUUAUGGCUCAGCUGAUUUCUUCUCAGCGCCUUAUGGGCUUCACUGGAAGUUCAUGAAGAGGAUUUGUAUGAUGGAGCUAUUCAGCAGCAGAGCAAUAGAUAGAUUUGCCAAUGUAAGAACCGAGGAGUUGAGGAAGCUUUUGGUGCGUGUUAUGAAGAAAGCAGAAAUAGAAGAGAGUGUUGAUCUCGGUGAACAGCUUAAGGAGUUGACAAGCAGCAUCAUAACGAGAAUGAUGUUCAGAGAAAGGAGAUCGGAUAGUGGGAGAAGAGAGGAAGUUAUCAAAAUGGUGGUUGAGUUGAAUGAGCUAGCAGGUUUCUUCAAUGUUUCUGAAACGUUUUGGUUCUUGAGGAGACUUGACUUGCAAGGAAUCAAGAAGAGGCUUAAGAACGCUAGAGAAAGAUAUGAUGUGAUCAUAGAGAGGAUAAUGAAAGAGCAUGAGUCUAGGAAUCACAAGGAUGCAGGAGGUGUAAGGAGCAUGCUAGACAUCUUGCUUGACAUAUAUGAAGACAAAAACUCAGAGAUAAAACUGACGAGAGAAAACAUUAAGGGCUUCAUCAUGAACAUUUAUGGAGGUGGAACAGAUACAUCUGCCAUCACAGUAGAAUGGGCUUUAUCAGAGCUAAUAAACAAUCCAGAGAUCAUGAAGAAAGCCCAACAAGAGAUAGAACAAGUGGUGGGAGACAAGAGACUAGUACAAGAAUCUGAUCUUUGCAAUCUCAGUUACAUCCAAGCAGUUGUGAAGGAGACAUUGAGGUUACAUCCUGGAGGACCAAUAUUCGUUAGAGAAUCAAAUGAAGAAUGUGCAGUGGCUGGAUACAGAAUCCCAGCAAAAACAAGAGUGAUAGUUAACGUUUGGGCUAUAGGAAGAGAUCCAAAUCAAUGGGAAGAUCCAUUGGAGUUUAAACCUGAGAGGUUUGAAGGAAGUGAAUGGAAGGUAAUGAGUGAGAAGAUGGUGUCUUUUGGAGCUGGUAGAAGAAGUUGUCCUGGAGAGAAGAUGGUGUUUAGAUUUGUUCCAUUGGUUUUAGCUGCGGUGAUUCAGUGCUUUGAGUUGAAAGUGAAGGGACGUGUGGAGAUGAGUGAAGGGAGUGGAUCAUCUCUGCCUAGAGCCACACCUUUGGUGUGUGUUCCUGUUGCUAGGGAGGGUAUAAAGUCAUUGUUCUCACUUGAACCAAAGGUCAACUUCUAGGUAAUGGUUUAAUAAGGGAACUAAGAGCAGCAAGAAACGUCAAGCUACUUGUAUAUAAA